GCGACUCGCACCACAUUUUCGAUCCAGACGACACGGAUCCUUUUCGUUCUCGAAGUACACAACAGCUCGCGCAGCUGCCCGUCAACCAUCUGCUCAUUGUUUAGUCUUCGCGCCUGCUCGCUGCCUGGCCUCAGUACACCAUCCUUGCGAACCCUCACAAGGCCUUUGACGCGGUGCGCACAGCGUUGUCAGCUCCAUAGCUCACGCGCUGGCGAGCCAGUUGUUAUUGGGGUGAUACUCAGACAGACACGAGUAGCGUGGACACGACGGGGUCGGCGGUUCACGAGGCAGCUGGCGCUGCUGCAACAACAACAGAGUCUGGGCUGCUCAUCGCCGAGCGCGCGGCAAAAGCCCGGGUGGGUGGGUAUCUCUUGCUCCUACAGUACUGCUAGGACAAGGGGGUAUCUUUUUUUAGCCAGGUGAGUGGUGUUAGAAUGUAGAAGAGUCAAUAAACAAUGAUCUAUAAUCUAGUCCGCAAAAGCGGCAUUCCAGUAUUGGCCUCUCCUGCUUCUGAUGCUGCAUCACAAUUGUCAUGUUGCUUGGCUGUCAAAUAUCUCGAUGCUCGUAUGCAGGCCACGAUCUCGCUGCAAUCUUCUUUUCCCAUCAAUGGUUUUGAAGACGAGCAAACUUUCACUCUCCUUUACAAUGCUGACAAUCUGGAACCUGGCAACACUUUGCUCAAACCCCCACCCACAUGUCUGCCACCACAAGACCGACUGAAUGAGAUCGCCCGACAGGGAAACGUUCAUUUGAAAACCUUAUGUCUAGCCCUCAAAGCGCCCUGUCCUGUAUGGUGCCCUCCUUGUUCAGGCCCGAUAGCCCCCAAGGACGGUUCCAGCGCGCCUUUCCGUCAGUUUCUUGACCUCGCUAGGUCGACACAAGUACAUAUCUUGUUUGACUGGAAUUGGCUCCAUAAAGACCACCAUGGUCGAUUCGAUCGUUUGAUCAGACAUCCCGAACAACUGACGGGUAUUCCGGUUGACCAGUCUUCCAUAAAGCGGUACAGACUAGCGGACUGGUCGGUCUUCAGCAUUGUCGAUGAUGUCGAGUCGGAAGCCCCGCCUUCGUAUACUGCCGCGUCUAAGAAACGUCCCCGACCAGCAUCAAUCAGCUCGACGCCUCCUUUAUCUCCAAAACGCGCGCUGCUAUCUCCAACGCCUUUUUUGACGUCACCGACCGAAAAGGCAACGCCAGCAUCGGUAUUGGUGCCUAGCCCUAACUCUCCUCUGUUUUCAGCCCCCGCCACUGCGUCUGAAUUCCAAGAAGCCGUCAAAACCGUAGUCGAAACACUACUCCCACAGAUGUUGCAGACAAUUUUACCUGACAUGCUCCCACGUGUGUCUGCAAGUCCUUCUCCAUCACCGCCGCUGUCGCGAUCGCCAUCAUCUUCCAAACUGACGGCGAAACGUAUAUCCUCGCUGGGCAAAUUUUUAAAUGCGCAUGCGACAGCACGUCUCGAGGCCCAGCUGGGAGAAAUCUAUGCCGAAACCCUUGCCCACGCAGCCGAGAUGCAUAACACAGCUGCGGUCGAAUUUCACGAAAUAGUCGAAGAGCAGAAACUCGAUGUCGCUGUGAUCAAAGAGGAUAGCAUUGCGGAGCUGAAUCGCGUUUUUGACGACAAGCUCGCCGAGUUUAGGGAGAGCACGGCGGACAUGGUGGAUGAUAUGGAGAAGCGCGUUGAGCUGGUCUAUGCUGACGUCUGCGAGAGACUGGACGUGCUGGCCAAGGAGUAUCCAAGUCGCGAAGGAGGCGUCGAAAAGGACAGAAGGAAUUCCGGCAUCCGGAGACGAGACGGUGUACAAGGCCGAAGUAGACGGGCGACUUCAUUACCGUUAUGA